UUUCAAUAACAGAUAGAUUCAAAUCAAUUGCUUCGUGAAAAAGGUUACUGUGUUUUUUUUGUGUAUAUAUAAGAAUCACUUCAUAUUUUGCAUUACUCAUAACUUUCAAUUUUUAUCUCUCUCUAGCUGCAACUACAAGGAUUCAAAAAAUGGGUCAAUGUUUGGGAUGCUACCAAGUGGAUCAGUCCAAUGUUGCUAUAAAGGAGCAAUUUGGAAAAUUUAUUGAUGUUUUGGAACCUGGAUGCCAUUGUUUGCCUUGGUGUUUUGGUUACCAGAUAGCCGGUGGAUUGUCGCUUCGUGUGCAGCAACUUGAUGUUAAAUGCGAGACGAAAACAAAGGAUAAUGUUUUUGUGAAUGUGGUUGCAUCGAUCCAAUACCGCGCUGUGGCUGACAAAGCGUCUGAUGCUUUUUAUAAGCUCACCAACACAAGGGAACAGAUUCAAUCCUAUGUUUUUGAUGUCAUAAGGGCCAGCGUGCCAAAGUUGGAGCUGGAUGCGGUCUUUGAGCAGAAGAAUGAUAUAGCAAAGGCCGUCGAAGAUGAGCUUGAGAAGGCGAUGUCGACCUACGGUUACGAGAUAGUCCAGACUCUCAUUGUUGAUAUCGAGCCUGAUGUGAAUGUCAAGAGAGCAAUGAAUGAGAUCAAUGCAGCUGCGAGAAUGAGGUUGGCUGCAAACGAGAAAGCCGAAGCAGAAAAGAUACUGCAGAUCAAGAAAGCUGAAGGAGAAGCGGAGUCCAAGUACCUAUCAGGACUCGGUAUAGCUCGUCAACGUCAAGCCAUCGUGGAUGGACUGAGGGACAGUGUUCUUCAGUUCUCUGAGAACGUACCCGGAACAUCGGCUAAAGAUGUCAUGGACAUGGUGCUGGUAACUCAAUACUUUGACACCUUGAAGGAAAUUGGAGCGUCGUCGAAAUCUUCAUCUGUGUUCAUACCACAUGGCCCUGGUGCUGUUAAAGACAUUGCGGUGCAGAUUAGGGAUGGUCUCCUUCAGGGAAAUGCUGCAAAUUUAUAAGUGCUUUUGGAGAUAUAAUAAGUGCUUGUUAUGGUUGAAUUAUGUUUGCAUAUUAUUAUUCUUAUAUUGUAAAAGAAACUAAAACACGAAGGAACUGUUAAGAAAUAUAGGGUUUGCCUUGUAGCAGAAGGUAUUAAACAAAGAGAUUAUAGAGAUUUCUUUGACACAUUUUCUCUGGUUAUAAGGAUUACAUUUAUUACUAUUGCUCA